AAACGCUGUCGGAAACCAUAGAGUUGAAAUGCCUUAUUACAAGGCUGUGCUUUGCUUUUAGAGGUCUACAGUGGCGACAUCUGGACGGGAAGGAUCGCAAAAUUUAUCCGCCAUUUCUAGUUGUUUGUGUGGUCGAUCAUACUGAUCUGUGGAAGCCGGUGUUGUUUUCAAUUUACUCUGUUAUUACUGAGUUCAUCUUUGUAGCAGUGCUGUCCUGUUCUUGACGCCUUGUGCAUACUCACUAACGUUAAACAUACACGAACAAGAUGAAUUCCAGAUUUCCUCGAGGGAACAUGAAAAUGGUUCGAGGAAGGGGAAGAGGUGGAGGAAUGGGACGAGGCAUGGGCCGCCCAGGACCCUUCAAAGUUAAACCAUUCGUACCUCGCCACCCGUUUGAUUUGGCCCUGUGUGAAUCUGCUUUUCCAAGAGUGAAGCCAUUGCCUGAUGAAAAUGCUUUUACACAAGCUCUUCUGAAGCGAAAUACAGAUCUGUCUCCAUCGCCACAAGAGCAAACAUCAGUUUUAAAUCUUGUAACAAAAAUACAGGCUGUGAUGGAUAAUCUUGUUGUUGCUCCAGGAACGUUUGAUGCUUGUCAAUUAGAAGAAGUUCGACAAGUUGGUUCAUUUAAAAAAGGAACCAUGAUGACUGGUCACAAUGUGGCUGACAUCGUUGUUAUUUUGAAGACUUUGCCUACUAGAGAAGCAGUAGAAGCUCUAGGGCUGAAAGUACAGGAAGAUCUUAAAGCUAAAGAUCCACAUGAAGUUUUAUCUAUGUUGACAAAUGAUAGAGGUUUUGAAGUCAGUAGCUCUGAAGCUACUGUGCGUGUGCUUAUGACAACAGUUCAUCACAAUUUGCGCAAGUUAGAUCCAGAGUUGCAUUUGGACCAGAAGAUUCUGCAAUCUCAUUUAGCUGCUAUUCGACACAGUCGAUGGUUUGAGGAGAAUGCUCAUCACUCCUCUAUCAAAGUAUUGAUUAGACUUUUACGUGACCUCAGGAAUAGAUUUGAAGGUUUUGAGCCGUUGUCUCCAUGGAUGCUUGACCUUCUGGCUCACAGUUCUAUUAUGAAUAACCCUAGUCGUCAGGCCUUGCCCAUUAAUCAAGCAUUCCGUCGUGUUCUGCAAUUGCUUGCCGCUGGCUUGUUUCUUCCUGGAUCAGCAGGCAUAUCUGACCCUUGUGAAGGUGGUAACAUAAGAGUCCAUACUGCAAUGAGCCUUGAACAGCAGGAUAUGGUGUGUUUGACAGCUCAGACACUACUUAGAGUUCUAGCUCAUGGUGGUUUCAGGCGCAUUCUUGGUCUGGAAGGAAGUGUUGGAAUUGCUACUGAUAUGUCUGUUUGGGAUGGAGUCGUUGUAUCACCUCUCGAUAAAGCUUAUGAAAAACCACCUGAGAAAAAAGAAGGUGAAGAAGAUGAUAUGGAAGCAGAUGGGGGAGAGGAAGCAAUGGAAACAACAGAUAAUUAAUUUUUAAAUUAUUGUGUGUGAUGUUACUUUUUGUGUAAGGAUAAAGUAUUCGAUGUUUCUCUAUUUCUACUCCUUUUCAUUGUAAAAGAUAAGAUAUAAUAAAUAUUAGUGAAUAGAUCCACUUUAUUUUAUUAUGUAUAGCUACAUAUUUUCCAGAACACUGGAAGUUAUUGCACAUCAAAUCCUCCUGCAUUGUUACAAUGUUCAAGAAGGCCCUGAAAUACUAUUUUUCAAUUCAUGCUACAUCAACAUUCUUGAUAAAUAUAUUUGUUUGCAUGAAUUCCCAUGAAAUGUCUAGGAUGUUCAAGGAAGAUACCACUUAGAAGUAAAGGUUAAGCCAUGACUCCACUAAACAUUUAACAGUAACAUGUUAAAUAAAACUUCCAUAUCACAAAAUGUUAAAUGUACGUGGUGUAUAAGAGUUGGCGAAGAGGAUUCAAACCAACUCAAUUUUCUGGAUUUGCCAAUUGUAUUAUAAUGCCUUGGAGCUAUUUUUUAUUCUUUCCCAAAACCGCUAAUUGUGGCCACUAACUGGUAUAUUUUCCUCACUAUUUAGAUGUUAUGCAUGUUCCAUAAAUCUGAGUACUGUCAUAGCCUCCAGGAGGUUGCGUUUCUUCCUUUGGCUAUUUAAUUUUACUUAAAACUACGAUAAAAAUCGUAAUUUGGAAGUACAGCUUAUGCCAAACUCACAAUCUAGCCUGAUAUUUAUCCAACAUCCAAACAAAUGACAUGAAACAGUUUUCCAUUCCUGCUGGAAAACAUCUAACAUGUGAAAUUAAUUUUAAGUGAUAGAUACAUUUAAUAUUCAGUGUUAUGAAGUCGUGGCUUUAUUCAUUGUUUACACAACACCAGAGACUAGAAUUACUGCUAGUUGAUAGAACUCGGAAAGAUUAAAUCAUCCUAAAUAUUUGAAAUAACUGGAUAAUGUGUGGAUCUGUGACAAACCUUGACAUGCCUACUUUUGACAUCCUAAUAUUUAAUAUCUUAUGACUUUCAAGGUCUACAAGGAAAUUUGCGAGAAACAUUUUGAUGAAGCUUGAAUUCUUGUACAUCCCCAUACGUACUAUAUCACCUUUUCCUAACUUAGUGAUGUGUUACACAAGAAAAAGACUUUUGACUUAUGUUGGCUAAUCACCUUUUAAUUUUGAGAAGCAAGUUUUACACUGCCUUGCUUAUAGAAUCUUAAAAAAAAGAAAAAGUGCAAAAUUUUGUAUCAAUGUGUUGAAAUGUAAUGUGUGAUCCUGGAAUGUACCUUUAAGGGGAUUACAAUAGCAUUUGUGCUUGGAAUUUGAAUGUAUAGUAUGAUUUACUUAGCCGUGAACUUGAUGUAAAUCAGCAGUUGUAGUUUCAUCCAAUCGUGAGUUUAAAUGUCACUACAGUAACAUCACAAUGGGGACUUCCAAGCUCCCAAUUGAAAGAAAUCAUGAACAGCUGAUUCACGUUAAGUGACGGUUCAACAAAUCCUAGCACAUAACUUAAUGUUUAUUUUGUGCCUUUUUCUGAAUUCUUAUUAACCAGUCUUUGAAACUUUGUAUUUUAUUCAAAACCUAACUUCUCUUCAUGUAAGCAAACCAGUUAAGUUUGUAUGACUAGAUAUUUACUGCAGAUUUAUGACUCAUGAGGGUACUUUCGAACAGCUACAAAAUAUAUUAAAACUCAUUCAUUUACACUACAGGGUGAAACUCUUAAAGCCUCUAUUUUUUCUAAAAUAUGAAUGCAAUUCAUAUUCCUACAUACAGGGAUUAUUUUCUGGGGACAAAUCAACAUUAUGACAUCCGACAUAUGUAUUUCCUCCAAGUGGUACAGGAACUCGGAAAAGUUUUCCACCAGGCAUGCAGACGCAUACUUUGUAAUGCAAUGUGACAGUACUAUCUGCUCUCCUUCCACCAGGAACAAUUGGUAUGCUCUUAAUAUCAAGGGAUAUGCCUUCAUGACCACUCAAAACAACACUACCAUUGACACUUUUAAGGAAAAUAUCUUGAUCUGCAGACCAAACAAUUUCACGCCCUUCCAUACGUGUGCCUUCAUUACCUUUUAAUCGAGCAUAUGAAUCAGAUUGAAAAAGAAGACUAGAAUUUACACUACUUGAGAUACGUCUCGUGUGAGCAAUUUUUACAUUUAAAUGUGCCACACCCCUUGGAAGGCCAAAAUUAGGAUAGCCAGUUGAAAAAACAGGUUGACCUGUAGAAGGGUCAUGAACUUCAAAGGAAUCAACUCCACUGAUUAAUGUUCCAUUUACAUCAACAGAAAUUUGAGGAUUAUUUCGACCUUCCUUAUCAAUUAAACUGAUAAGAACAGAAGAAUUGUCACCUGUUAUUUCAACAGGACUAUCAUCAAAACCUUCCAAUUUACCAUCGCGCUUGUAAAUUCUAUCCAAAUCAGUGUUACCAUAAAACAUGACCAGAGAUUCUUCAGGAAGAAGCUCAAGACUUUCCAUUCCCUGUCCAAGACGCAAAACUCCAAGAAUUAUGAAUGUUAAUAGUAAAUUUCCCAAGGCUAAGAAGAACAGAAGAACUACAAGAGUCCAAAAUGCAUAUGUUUUUCUACCUCUCAGUCCAGUUUUUGGAAGAACUUGCUCAUGGACAGGAACAUAACCAGCCCUGUAAUUUCCAUUGUGUUGUCUAUUAACGUUUCUUUUCAAAAUUGCUUUUUCCCCCAUUGGAAGGGUACCAAAUCCACUUUCUGAACGAUCGGACCCAGGCGACGCUCGAGAAUUGGUUAAAGUGGACAUUAUUGAACUUAUCGCAAACUUUUAUUUUUCAUUCACUUCACUUCAAAUUCAGCCCCUGUCGUAUACCCCUUUUGACUAGAAUUUAUGAACUAGCGGUUGCAAGCAAUGGACGCGUUUAGUGUUCGCUCGCUGAGGGAAAAAAUCAUUUGUGCUUACCGCUUUUCAGCUGUUUAUAUGUGAGAUGUUCGACUCUGGCGUCGAUGUAGAGAAACCACUCUCUGGGAAAACAUAAGAAUCACUGUGAGCGACUGAUGCGACAGCGCGCACAUCUGCACUGUAAUCAUGGCUUCGGAAAGAUAUAGUUUUUCUUUAACAACUUUCAGUCCAUCAGGAAAACUUGUGCAAAUUGAGUAUGCACUUGCAGCCGUUGCAGCAGGAGCACCUUCUGUUGGAAUUAAAGCUUCCAAUGGAAUUGUUCUUGCUACUGAAAAUAAACACAAGUCUAUUUUAUAUGAGGAACACAGUGUCUUUAAAGUAGAAAUGAUUACGAAACACAUUGGAAUGGUGUAUAGUGGCAUGGGUCCUGAUUAUCGCCUAUUAGUGAAACGUGCAAGAAAGAUGGCACAGCAGUAUCAGCUUGUUUACAAUGAACCUAUUCCAACAGCUCAGCUGGUUCAACGUGUAGCUAUGGUGAUGCAAGAAUACACUCAGUCAGGAGGUGUGCGUCCAUUUGGUGUUUCUCUCCUAAUAUGUGGUUGGGAUGAGGGGAAACCAUAUUUAUUCCAAUGUGACCCAUCUGGUGCUUAUUUUGCGUGGAAAGCAACAGCAAUGGGUAAAAAUUUCAUCAAUGGGAAAACUUUCUUGGAAAAGAGAUACAGUGAAGAUCUGGAGUUGGAUGAUGCUGUCCACACUGCAAUUCUGACAUUGAAAGAGGGUUUUGAGGGUCAGAUGACUGCAGAUAACAUUGAAAUUGGAAUUUGUGAUGCUGAAGGGUUCCGUCGAUUGGAUCCUUCCAGUGUUAAGGAUUAUCUUGCUAACAUUCCUUAAUGUGGUGUCUUUUAAUAUGUAUUGGUGUGCAUUAAUCACGUUUUUAUUAUAACAUUUAAGUAUUAAAUGUAUUAAGAAUAAAUUUUCUCUUGAUUUAUUGAAAUAUCAGUAUUUGUUUGGUAUUAUUUUUCCUUCCAUUUUAAUUUAAUGCCGCCUUUAAUCUGGAAAGAUCUUAAUUUGUUGUUUUACAUUUUGUGAAGAAGUUUAACUUUUGUAAAGAAAAUUCAUAAUUUUACUAAUUUGUUCAUGUGAAGUUUUUUCAUUGACAUUACAUGCAAGUUUAUAGGUUUACGUUUUCUUAAGUGUUUUUUGUUUACAGUUUUUAUUUUUUUAAAUGAUUUUGGAAGUACUGCAGCUCGAAACUGCUUUUACCUGCAGGGAGCCUAUAUAUAGCCAUUAGAAGUGCUGUAUUGAAGUUUGUUAUAAAGCAUAUUUUAUUGAAAAAGGGUAAUUUUUAUUACUAAAUAACGAACAAACAUUUUAGUAGCUGCAGAUUUUCAUCUAUUUGCCUACUUUCGUCCGUCAGUGGAAAACUUAAUCGUUUAGGUUACUUAUUCAUUUUGAGGCAUUAGGAGUAUUACAUAUGAAUUUUAUUGCAUCUAUAAAUCCCUAUUACUCAAAUAAAUGCCUAUUUUGUGUUUAAAAGCCUAAAUGUUGCAUAUUCUUGUAUUUUUUAUCAAAAUGCAAUUAUUCUUUAAAAUUUUAAAAAUUGUAGUACGUUUUUCUUUUUUAUCCUGCAGAGUAUAGAGAAAUCAAACAAUCGAUUAAUCUAUGUUCUGUUUUUCUGCCACCACAGUGGGUAUUUCAUAUUAUGAUAUGUGUUACAUCACUGGUGAUAGUUGAAUAAUUUUUUCAUUGAAUUUUUAAACAAUUUUUUUCUCAAAAAUGCCUCCGAUUUUUUCUUAAAAUUUUCUCCUU